AUGUCUCAAAUGUCUCGGGAAACGACUUUAAUAACCAUACCAAGAGAGCACUUACCUGCAACCAUUCGUAAAAUAUUGGCUAAACCUGGUGAUAACAUUAUAAAAACACAGUCACUUUUGAUAUAUGAAUAUAUCAAAAAAGCACAACCGACUAAAUUAAAUCCUAAAAUAGAAGAAAUAAUCGAUGUUAAUGUGCCUUUUGUUGAAGAAUUGAAAAGUCCAGCAGAAGGUAAACUUGAUGAAUAUUAUGUUAGAGAAGGUGAAAUUAUUUCUUCGGAAGAUAGGAAACCCGUUGUUGGAGUUCAAGAAUUAUGUUUUCAUUCAGUUCAACUUCAUGGUUUAUGUGCGAUAUGCGGUAAUGAUAUGAUGAAAACAGAUUUUACUGGUGUUGAUUAUUCACAAAGAGCCACUAUUAGUAUGUCUCAUAAUGUAGCAGGAUUAACUGUGAGUCUUAAUGAAGCUGAAAGAUUAGAAAAAGAAACUUCGACAAGACUUGUGAAAUCACGGAAAUUAUCUUUAAUUGUUGAUUUGGAUCAAACUUUAAUUCACGCAACUAUCGAUCCAAAAGUGGAAGAAUGGAUUAGAGACGAAAAUAAUGUUAAUCACCCUGCAACUAAAGACAUUCACAAAUUUGUUCUUCCUGAUAGUCCUACAAUAUAUUACAUUAAAUUGAGACCAGGACUUAAAGAAUUUUUGAAAACUAUAUCCGAAGAUUAUGAACCUCAUAUAUACACUAUGGGAACUCGAAAUUAUGCAUCUGCAGUCGCGAAUGUCAUUGAUCCAGAUAAAACGAUUUUCAAUGAGCGCAUGACUCAAAAAAACAUACGUCGUCUAUUUCCUUGUAAUGAUUCGAUGGUAGUUGUAAUUGAUGAUAGAGCAGAUGUUUGGGGUUGGUCACCUAAUUUGAUAAAAGUUCAUCCUUAUGAUUUCUUUAUAGGAAUCGGUGAUAUCAACGAUGUCCGUCUUUUAAAGUUGAAUGAAAAACCUAAGGAUAAAGAUUUGACUGCUGCUGACGAUUCACAAAUAUCAGAUUCAUCUAAAGUGACGGGAGACGGUGAAGAAUCAGUAUCAGAAGACGUUAAUUCUUCAGAUACUAAAACUACAACAGAAGACGUUAAUUCUUCAGAUACUAAAACUACAACAGAAGACGUUAAUUCUUCAGAUACUAAAACUACAACAGAAGAUGUUAAUGUUUCAAAUACUGAAAUGACAACAACAUUUGACGUUAAUACUUUAGAACCACCUCAAACAAUGACAAUAGUUGAUAAUGCUUCGGAACCUAAAAUGAUAGUAAUAGAUGAUAAUUCUUCGGAACCAAAAACAACUGCAAUAGAUGGUAAUGUUUUGGAUAUUAAAAUAGUAGAUGAUAAUGCUUUGGAUAUUAAAAUGAUGGCAAUGGUAGAUGAUAAUGAUUCGGAACUUAAAACAACAACGGUAGAUGGUAAUUCUUCGGAUACUAAAAUGACACCAAUAGUAGAUGGUAAUGUUUCGGAAUCUAAAACAACAACAGUAGAUAAUAAUGCUUCUCCCCAAGAAAAGGAAUUUAUUGAUGAUUCAGAAACCUCGGAAAUUAAUAAAAAACUCGAUGAAGAGAUUUCCGAGGAUGACAGAAAUUAUGAUGAAAAAAUGCCUAAAAAACAACAAUUGGACCAUAGUGAAAACGAGGAAAAUAAAAAUUUAGACCUUUUAUCAUCUCUUUUAAACCAAGAUCAAAAUAUAGUAAUUGAAAGACCUAUCCUUAAUGAUGAUACGGAAUUACCCAACCUAUUGAAGGCUUUAAGGAAUAUACAUAAAGAAUUUUAUGAAGAAUUUGAUCGUUUACAUAGUACAUCAAAUGAUAAUGAAGAAAUAAUUAAAACUCCAGAUGUAACUGAAUUAAUACCUCGUUUGAAGUCACAAGUGUUAAAGGGUUUAAAUAUAUUGUUCACGCAUGUAAUUCCAACUCAUCAAAAGAAAGAAAGUGCCGAAAUAUGGAUUUUAGCUAAAGAAUUUGGUGCAGAAUGUUCAGCUAAUUGGAAUAGUAAAGUUUCUCAUCUCGUGGCUGGAGAUCAAGGAACAGAAAAAGUAAGGGAAGCCAAGCGAAAAGGAAAUGUCUUUAUAGUUCGUAAAGAAUGGUUGGAUGACUCCAUAAAAAAAUGGGAGAGACAACCUGAAUCACUUUACACAUUUGAACCAAAUUCAAUACGAGAAACUGAAAAACCUCCGGAUUUAAUAAUCGAAACACCUUCAGCUACUGAUAUUACUGAUGAAGAAGAACAAGAACAAUUGUUAAGUCCUCAAGAAAGUUAUGAACAUUUUCAGAAAAUUGAUUGGGGAAAUGUCUUUAAAGAGGUAGAUGAUGAAAUUGGGGAUUCAGGCGAUACAAGUGCCUUAGAUGAAAGUGAGACUGAAAAAAUUGAUUUCUACCAAACAAACAAUAGUUAUCAACAAUCUGAAUAUGAUGAUGAUGGUGAUUUUGAGGAAUUUUUAAAGCAAGAUCAAGUCGAUGAUGAAUUUAAAAGUCAUGGGGAGGGCGAAGAUUAUUUGAGCGUAAACGAUUAG